UUUCAUUUCGAAAUAUGUUUCAAUUGCAGAGACUGAUAUUAUAUUUGUGUCUAACAUUUUUUGUUGGAUUACCGUAUGUGUAUGGAUGGAAAAAUUUUUUUAAAAGUGAAACAAACCUCGCAGGUUACCAUUGCAACCAGGAAUGGAAAGAAAAUGGAUUAAAUUACAAUCACUCCCUAUUUGUAACAAACAACCGCAACACUAUCACCUUAGACUGGGCACAAAUUUUUCCUGAUGCGUGUACAUCCAAAGUAAACGAAAGUGCGGUCAAUCAUUACAAGAAGCAGUUGGACACGUUACUUCUACAGGACAUAGAACCAGUAGUACUACUCUACUCGGGAAACUUACCAACAGUAUUUGGUACUCUGGGCGGCUGGACAAAUCCUAUUAUAAUUCAGUAUUUUGCAAACUAUGCUAAACAAAGUUUCAAAAUUUUUGGCAACCGAGUCAAAACAUGGAUAACUUUUGAAGAACCAAGAACUGUUUGUGACACGUUUAAAGGUUUACUAGGUGAUGAGUUUCCUUCAGGAAUGGCGGAAUAUUUGUGUGCUCAUAACAUUCUAAGAGCACAUGCAGAAGCGUACCACAUUUACGACAAGGAAUUUAGGAUUACGCAGAAUGGCAAGAUUUCCAUCACUCUUGAUUUAGAGUGGGCAGAAGCAGCAAAUUUUUCUAAUCCUAAAAGUGUUCUUGCUGCUGAGAGGAAAGUGCACUUUACGUUUGGUCUCUAUGCUAAUCCGCUGCUUAAUUUUGACUAUCCACCAAUAGUUACAAGUCGAGUUGCCAAAAGAAGCAAAAUGGAAGGGUUUGCGAGAUCACGGCUGCCUGAAUUUACUUAUGCUGAUAAAUUAAAAUUAAGUGGAUCUUACGACUAUUUGGGAAUUAAACAAAACGGUAUUACUUUUAUUGCAGCAAGCGCUAAUAAACAAGUUUCAAAACCUAGCAUUAAAGCGGACUGUGGAUGCAAGACAAAGAAAAUUUUUUAUUCUGAUGAUGAUGAAAAAUGGACAAAAAAACAAGCUUGUCAACGCAUGAUAAAUUGGCUUAAAACAACCUACUCCGAUUCCACAAUAGUAUUAAUGGAUACUGAGGUUAAAGGUGAUGAAAACGAUUUGGAAAAACGUAAAAAAAUCAAACACAAAGAAUAUAUGAAAACAUUGCUUGAUGGUGUCUUAGAAAUGAAUGAAUUGCUAAAAGGCUAAAUAUUCAUAAAAUCUAGAAUUUUUAAAUUAAAAUUGAUUAUAAUCAUAAA